GCCGCGGGACUGUUCAAUUUGACAAGCGUACCACCAAAGCUAUAUUAUCGGAUUCUGGUUGCAUUGCUGACAGGUUACUUCUACAAAGAACCAGCUAGCCUUUGUAACAAAUGUAUUUUUCGAAACAAUAGUCUUAUUUUAUACGUAGACCGAUGUCGGUCUACUUCGAAAGUAAUUUCUUUUUCUGAAAUACCGUCGACUAGCCUUCGGAGAAUCCACAAAUUGGAUUAAGAAAAUCCGCCUGUGAUAGUUAGCCUAGCUGCUACAAACUUGCCUAGCCGUCAGUUACAGUAGACUAGCCAGUUUGUGCAAGAUAACUUCGUUAACUUAGUCAUGGAGAAUAGUUAUCAACAGCGUUUUGAUUCAUCUGGACGAGAUGGAAAACUGCGGAAAAAAGGUUUCACUGGAGCACUUGGGGCGUCAUCGCAAGGCACUUCAAGUUUCGAAGAGGGGGAACGAAAACCAAAGUUUCACAUGAGCAUCAGACACCUGACCGGCGACGUGCUGGACAGGUUUGCCAGUAUCCGUAUCCCAGGCAGCAAGAAGGAUCGCCCUCCUCUUCCUCACCUCAAACCUUCCUCCUCCUGCGACUGGUCCUCCUCCUCCUCGUCGGCCGAGUUUGAGGAGCUCUCCUCCAAGAUCACGUCUGAGAAGGAGAUCCUGGCUCUGUUUGAGAAGAUGAUGGAGGACAUGAACCUGAACGAGGACAAGCGGGCUCCUCUGAGGCAGAAGGACCUGAGCACCAAGAGAGAAAUGGUUCUCCAGUACGUCGUCACAGCAUCCAAGGCCGACGACGAAGUUCUGGGGAGGAGGGGCCGGAGUCGCGGGGUGUUGCCGGGGUUCGUCGCCGGGUUCCGUCGCCGGUUAAACACAGUGUUUUGCUUUAAUGGCUGCUCUUGGUGUCAUGGCAUCCUCCCCGUUCCUGCCCCGAGGCUCUGGAGCGGCGUGGUGCCGUGCGGUAGGCGAGGAGACGGCCUGUCAUCACUCUCCUGCCACACAUAG